AUGAUGCAUGGCUUUGGCCAUGAUCCUAAUACUGAUCAUUACAAGGUGGUGGUUAUUUUACGUGCACGUGAUAGUAGUGGUAAUUUAUUUCACAAAAAUGUGUACGAACCUAAUGUGAAGGUUCAUACUUUGGGCACAAAUUUCUGGAGAAGUCCGUGUUUUAUUGUUUCUCUUAAUUUGAGGACCGAGUCUUACCAAGAAGUUUUGCUGCCUGAUUUUGGAGUGGUAGAUACAUAUUCUUUGCAUUUGGGUGUGUUGCGAAAUUGUUUGUGCAUGGUUUCUGGUGAUGAUGUUUGGGUUAUGACAGAAUAUGCAAAUAAAGAGUCAUGGACUAAACUGUUCACUAUUUCUUACAUACGCGAUCCUUGUGCAUAUUGUGUUUUUAUCAAGGCAAUACAUACUUUUGAAGAUGGCCAAAUGCUGCUGAAGUUUAUAGGGGAUGUGAAAAAGUUGAUUAUUUACAUUUCUAUAAAUGGAACUUCAAAGCCUAUUGAGUUUGAAAACGCUUCUGAAGUCUGCGUUGAGAGUUUGAUAUCACCUUGUCUGUAA